AUGACCAAUAGAGAUAGUGAAUUUCCGCAACUCGAGAGAAGCUUUUCAACGGCUUCUUCGUCAACCAGCCUUCUCUCGAACUCGGAUCGCACGACUAAUUCCUCUUCUGUCGGUACAAUCGUAGGACCAGGAUCGCUUUCCGGGAAAGCAAUAUAUAAAUUGGGAAAGAUUACGCUCAAGGGAGUCGAACAAGUGGCCAUAUACCGAAGACUGUCCACAAUCUCUUUUUACUUCCCUCAUCGAGACUCUACAUAUGUGAACGGCAUAGAGCAGAUGUACCUUGAUUUGUUGGAAUUAUCGAGACCAGAAAUGUACUCGAAUGGAAUUCAUUUUCAAGCAUCAGGCAUGGUUAUGGCGCAGAUUGGGUCCAGAAAUAUCAAAUAUCUGUUAGAUGCAUUAAAUCAUUUCCCUGUUAUUGAAAUUGGCCACUUUGUUGCGGAUAUCAUGCCCCAUUUUGACCCUAUAUCGUUAACAUCCAUGUCUCACGCGGAUGUUGUGAGGGACCCGAUUCUCAAGCCGUAUGUAGAAAGUCUACAUGAGCGAGAGGAUAACUCGCUUGCACCUCUUGUGGAUUUUUUCUCCCAGCUCCUUUCGUUAGAUGAGGGCCGUUGUGAUGUUGUCCUGGCGAAUGGGGUUUUGGACAUGAUGCUAGGUCUAUAUGUGACCGACUUUCAAGAUGUUCUGGCCCCCCAGGCCGUACCAGCGUCCUCCAAGAAGUCAUCUCUUCUAGGAGCUUGUAACUCACUCUUCAUGGGGGUUCUUCUCAAGGGUUCUGGACUGGAACUGAUCUCGAAACAUGGGCUAUCAAUUUUGUGGCCUUUCCAUCCAGCGCUGGAAUUCCUCUCGGAUACUGAGCGUCGGCGGUCCAGACGGAGAACAUAUUGGGACAUGACGAGUAGGGAUUACAUUGGGUGGAGAAUGAGCUCAAUCCAUAAUAUGAUGUUUGACUCGUCUAGCGUUUUCGACGUCAACGCAUUACUCGAUGCUGUAAUGGACUGCUUAAACUUCGUCGCGAGUGCUGAUGAGGAAAUUUCAUAUCGAGGCUUGCGCUCUCUCUAUACUACGAUCGCCCGCGAACACAAACCUUUGACGGUGGCUACCGCCGUACUCUCACACAUAUCCAUGGGGGAGGGCUUUGACGUCGCCUUCACACUGAAACGUAUCAGUGACAGGUUGGCUGGUCUUCUAUCUCCAACCUCUCGAGCUGUUGAGUUGUUCACCCUCGAGAAUGACCCAUCGGAUCUCAUUGCGGACGUACUGACUAUCUUCAUCAACUUCUUUGCGUUCAUUGCUCGAACAAGCGAAACAUAUCAUAAACUUGUUUCCGAAACUGGUAUCAUUCAGAUCGGCAGGGUAACUUUGGCAAUUGUGGAGAACACGAAGAUGGAAGGUGAAAAACCGAUGACCAUUAAGGAGUUGCUGAACAAGGACGAGGACAUCGAGCUGUAUUCUAGCAUGUAUGACACUACAGCAGACGCACCAUAUCCUGUUCAUGCCGUUCGUUGGAACUUGAUCAUACUCGAAAAGCCGGUACCGAGACGAAGAAUGCUUCUAGCACCGCUUGGACGAUGGGCUAAAGGAGGCCUAGUGUAUCACCGUUUCUAA